AAACCGCGCUAGUUGCCAAAAGCUAACAGAAUGCAGCCGCCGCCGCGCAAGGGUAACUAUGUGAAAUUCCUGAAGAAUUUGCACACGGAGCAGGUGGCCAAGUUGCAGCUAAAGAACCAGCAUGAGUGCGAUCUGCUGGACGACAUCCGGCAGUUCACGCUCAAGCGAUCCGCCAUUGAGAAAUCGUAUAGCGAGGCGCUGCUCAAGAUCUCAUCGCAGUAUCUCAACAAGAAAAUACCCAAUAUACCCGAUAUUAAAAUGGACGGCAUGGAGGAGCGCUGGAACAUGUGGAGUGUUUGGCGCACCGUCUUGGAGGAGAACGAGAAGCUGGCACGCGCUCGCCUCGCGGCCAUCGAGGUGUUCCAGCAACAGAUCGCCGACGAGUCGAAGGUGCUGCGGGAUUACAAGCUGGCCAUUGCCAAGCGUUCGCUUGCGGGCAUUGUCAACGUGCAGAAGGAGCUGCACUUGAGCGUUGGCGAUGUGGACAAGACCAAGAAAUCGUACUUUGAUGAGGAGCACUGCGCCCACGAUGUCCGCGACAAGGCCAAGGAUAUUGAGGAGAAGCUCAAGAAGAAGAAGGGCUCAUUCUUUCAGUCCAUCACCUCGCUGCAGAAGAACAGCGCCCGGGUCACAUCGCGCAAGGAGCUGCUCGAGGAGAAAUCCUCCGGAGCACGCAACGACUACAUCUUGAGCCUGGCCGCUGCCAAUGCCCAUCAGAAUCGCUAUUUUACCGUCGAUUUGCAGACAACAAUGACCACCAUGGAGAACUACGUCUUCGAGCGGGUCGCCGAGUAUCUGAUGCUAAUGGGGCGCACGGAGCUGCUAACCUGCUCGGCGACGCAGAAUAGCUUUGGCAAGAUACGCGACCAGGCACAGCAGCUGACCAGGGAGUACAAUCUGCAGUGCUGCUAUCUGUUCUACCCGGUGCUGAAGCAGCACAUCCAGUACGACUUUGAGGCAUGCGAUAAUGAUCCGGUGCGGAAGGUGACCGCCGAGCACGACUCGGCUGCCGAGACGCUGACCAAGGAGGCCAAGAAUCUGGCGGGUCGUGUGGUCAAGGAGAAUGCCUCGAUACGCGAGCAUGCCAAGAAGUUGGCGCUGUGUCAAUCGCUGCGGGAUGCCGGCCAGCGUACCGAUCCCAACGAUCCGAAUGGACCAGAUCUGGAUACGAAAAUCGAUGAGUUCCGCGAUCAGAUACGUCGCUCCGAAACGGAAAAGGCCAAGGCGGAGGCGUGCCUCCAGUGUCUGCGCGACGGCGGCAUCAAUGUGGACGAAUGGGUACAGGAGGCGGAAAUCAUGGGCGUCCAGGAGCUAACACGCUCGGCCAGCUCCAUAUCCAUGCGCACCGAUGCCUCCGGCCAGGGCGAGAAUCCCAGCUCCGACUCGUUCUACGACAGCGACAAGGAGGAGGCAGCUGGUGCCACGGCCGUUACCGUAGCCAAGCCCAGCAAGCCGGAGCAACAGCAGACGUUCUCGCGGGAUCGCACCUUCAGUGACAGCGACGAGGAGCCCGAGGAGCAGGAAAGGGCACAGCCAAGCGUUGCGGCACCGGCGCAAAAGUUGAACGCCGGCAAUGCAGGCGGCUGGGACGAUCCGACCGAGGUCAAUUGGGAGGAGGCCGACGACGACAAGGACGAUCCCAUUGUGCCCGAGCCCAAGGAGGCCAUCUUCAAGUGCACCGCGCUCUACAGCUACACGGCCCAAAAUCCCGACGAGCUCACAAUUGUUGAGAACGAGCAGCUGGAGGUGGUCGGGGAAGGAGAUGGGGAUGGCUGGCUGCGGGCGCGCAAUUAUCGGGGCGAGGAGGGCUACGUGCCGCACAAUUAUCUGGACAUUGAGCAGGACGCGGCCGGUAGCGCCUUUAAUGGUAGUUCAGGCAAUCAAUUGCGCUCACAAAUCUCAUUCUCAUCUGUCGAUUAUACGGUUGACAAUGAAGAUCAGACCGUCGACUCAAUGCAAUCGCCCGAUCAGGUAUCGGUCAUAAUGGCGCCACAAAAGCGCCUCAAAUCGGACAUCGAAUGGUGCAUUGCGCUCUACGAUUACGAUGCCACCGCCGAGGAUGAGCUCACCUUCGAGGAGGGCGACAAGAUCAAGAUAAUUACCAAGACCGCGCACGGCGUCGACGACGGCUGGUGGGAGGGCGAACUGGAUGGCAAAUUUGGCAAUUUUCCAUCGCUGGUUGUCGAGGAGUGCGACGAAAUGGGCGAACCGCUGAGCGAGGGCGUCGACGACGAGUCGCCGCCGCCGACAGCAGCGCCCAGUUUUGCAUUGCCGCCGGCGCCAGCUCUGCCGGCAGAGUACGCGCACGAGCUGACGGACAUAACGGAGGAUAUGUUCGGAUCACAGGAUACGGCAGAUGAGGAUCGGGACAGCGGCUAUAUACCCAAUGGAGCUGCAGUGCCCAGCAUGCCUCCGCCAGUGCUUAUACAAGAGCCUGGCAUGGAGGACGAUUUCAGUGACGAUGAGAAGCCGCCGCCGUCGUUGCCGCCACCGCAGUUAACCAAGCCGGUUGAGGGCGCAACGGCGACGGCCACAGCGAAUAGUUUGAAUUUAGGUAUGGCACAAAUAAUUGUUACCGCUGCAACCCCAAUGGUUGAAGACGGUGCCGAUAAAUCUUUCCCACCAGUAGGAGAAAGGGACAAUUCACAGCAAGCGAAGGAACAGAAACCGGUGUUGGAUAAAAAGCCCGAUAUUGUGCCGAAGCCGAAGGCCAAAGUUGCGGCCCAGAAGCAGCCGCCGCCGCCGGCAGCGUCCGCUGCCAAAGAAGGUAAUAUUGGUGUUGGCGAUGAUGAUGUUGUUGGGGUCGGUGGUGUUCAAUUGGUUUCCAAUGUAACCAUAACACUGACAGAAUAUCCAUCCUGUCAUGCAGAGGAUGAACAGUCUUUCCUGGAUGGCGGCAGCGAUACGACCGCGGCCGAUGUGCCCGUCCUGCAGGAGCCGGAGGAUCCGUUUAUUGAGAAAUCCGCAACUGGCGCUGUCCAGGCUGUUGGAGCAGCUGCUGCUGAAGGCGGCAGCACUGGAUUUGAGGCCGACUUCGAGGCCAAUUUCGAUGCUAAUUUCGAUGAUGCAUUUGCUGCCAGCGGAGCUGCAGCUGAAGCUGGAGCCGGAACUGGAGCUGGAGCUGCAGCCGGAGGCGGUGGUGGCGGGGGCGGAGGUCAGUCGAGCAGCUUGGACAUGAAUUGUGAGGCACCGGCCGAGGAUGUGAUUGAGGCGCCCAAGCAGGUGGUCGGCGGACGGGCCAGCAUACCCGAGGAACUGGACUCAAAUCAAUUGGCACGCUUGGAGAAUCUGAAAGAGUCGAAUGCCUAGACAGCUAAUGCCAACUCCCUAAAGGCAACAGCCAGGCUCUACUUAAAUGUUGUUCGUUAUAUUUUAGGCACACACACAACAAACAUUGAGCACGAUAACCGUUCUAUAUAGAGACUAAAAACCCGUUCGGCUCAGAAUGAGAACCACACACUGUAUUCAAUUAACGACAAGCACAUAUACUCUCACAGACAGGCUGCGACUAAACAAUAAACACAAUUUGACGAAACAUAAUCUAAGACAACGAUACAGCUCAAUAAACUCAAGCCAGACCAGAUCGGAGGCCCACAUAGUAAAAGUAACCUCCUCUCGAUGCGGUCGUUGUAGUUCUCUCAGUCUCUGAAACGGAUCUUCGAAUAUCAGCUUAUAAUCGAGCAAUAAUAUAUAUAUAUAUAUAUGUAUUUAUAUAUGUAUGUGUAUAUAUCUAAGUCAACUACAUAUUAAUACGUAUUCUAGUUAAAAAUAUAACAUAUAUAUAUAUAUAUGUGUAUAAUUUAAUUGCGCUUGAUUAACAGUACGAAUACCAGCCAAAAUUUCAACUCAUAGUCAAAUAUUAAUGUUCUGUUGCAAAAGAAAAAGUAAUUGUAAUAAUAUUAAUUAAAUAUACUCAUUGUUAGCACUAGGAAUUGUGCAUACCGUAGAAAAUUUCUUUUCAGCUAGUUUGCUUCAAAUACAUAUAUAUAUAUAUAUGUAUAUAUAAAUAUAUGUAUGUCUUCUUUAUGUAUAUCGUUGUACAAUGUUAUUAAAAGUCUACUCAAAUUAGUUUAAUUUAGUUCAAUUGACUUGUUUCGAUUAUACCUGAAAUGCCUAUUGAAAUUUUUGCGAAUCGUCUAGUUAAAAUACUCAAAGCAUAAAUCACUGAUUAACGUAUGAAGAGCUCUCUUUGGGUUCAAUUAAAUAUAAAUAUGAUAUAAAUCAAAUUAUUGAAAUUUACCGCAAUGUAUUGUAUGUUAAUUUCCGAUGAGGCAAAGUUCGCGUCAUAAGCUAAAACUUCUGUUUAAACGAUUAAUAAAUAAAUAAAUAUUUCAAAACAGUAAACAA